AGUUUGUCUCUCUCUUCCUUUACUCCCUAGAAGCCUAAAGAUCCCCCCCGCAAAACCUCAUCUCACCACGCACCUCCACUAUAACACCUUCCCUCCAUGGCUCCACCGCCACCCCCACCGCUGUCCUCACACCCCUCGCCGCCGUUCCCCCUCCUCCUCCUCCUCCUCAUCCUCUCAGCGGCGGCAACCGCAGCGAGGGCCGCCACGUGGUGCGUGGCCCGGAGCGACGCCAGCGAGCAGGCGCUCCAGAGAGCUCUCGACUACGCGUGCGGGUCCGGGGCGGACUGCGCCCCGAUACAGGCGAGCGGCCUGUGUUACCUGCCCAACUCGUUGCAAGCCCACGCCUCCUACGCCUUCAACAGCUUCUACCAGCGCAAGGCCAUGGCUCCCGGCAGCUGCGACUUCGCCGGCACCGCCACCGUCGCCGCCUCCGACCCCAGUUAUGGAUCGUGCGUGUAUCCAUCGUCUCUAAGCACAGCAGGAGGGACCACGGGCACGACGCCCACCACGGCUUUGCCGGCGACACCGACCACCACCGUGCCGAACGCGCCGACGAUCCCCAUCUUGUCUCCUCCCACGAGCUACGGCGGCACUGUAGGGGGGGUGCCGUAUGCGGGAGCGACUCCUUCCGUCGCCGCGAAGCCGUUGGGAGCUUCCCGGCGACGUUCGGCGGUUGCGGGCUCGGCGAUCUUUUGUAUCUGGCUAAUUUUCUGAGCUUGGGUUGGCAUAUAUAUUGCUGGUAAUGCUUCAGUUUUGGUAGAAAAAAUUGGGACCCUCUCACUUGAUAUCUUGAGCACUCCACACCUUUUCUUUUAAGGGUCUGCCAAAAGAUUUUUUUCUGGGGGGCAUAGCUGAUCGGAAUUAGGGUUAGCUAAGACAAUCUUCAACGUGGUCCAUCUUUUGUAUGUCUAUGAAAAUUCCAAUCUAAAGGCUAAUUGACAUGACAUCUUCUGGAUUCUUU